GCAAGAGUAAGUAGGAACAUACGUGUAUAGCUGUGUACUCACCAAUGAACGUCAAGCUUUACAAGCAGAUGACACUCAAUGAAUUCUAACGCGCUGAAAACACCAAUCGAGCACCAUUCAUUCAUAUUCUUCAAAUAUUAAGACCAUUUCUUGCAGUAAUUCUCUAUCAACGUGGCAAGCCGGGUUUUGGUUUUCGUCUUACUUCGGCAUUAAUUUGUGUCGCAUCCAAUUGACGCACACUUCAAAUUCUUGCAACAUCCUCUGCCUCGUUAGUCGGUAAAGGUCAGGUGGACAAAAUGAGUUUCGGUAGUGUUUUGGCACCUCCAUGUCACGAUUACUUUUUCCACUCCAACUCUAAUGAUAACAUGUCAGUUAUUUAUAACUGCUCCAGCGAAUAUUAUGCGGCUGCUGCUGGUUUUGCUUCAUCGUCAGUCACGUCAGAUCAUUACCAUAAUCCAAAACAAGUGUGCAGUCAAAACCAGCCAGUGAGGGAUGUCGAGCUGCAGCAAAAUAACUGGAGCUUCUCUAAGUAUGAGUCGAUACUACAAAAUUCCCGUCUGGAAGGUCAUCUCCCGUCAACUGCUUGUCAACCUUUGAAGGCGCCUAAUAAGAGUGGACGCCUGUUGGGAGCUCCGGAAACGGGAAUAAUGUUCUGCGGUAAACCGAGGAUUGUUAAGCGCCGUGCCUCUGCAAAUAAGAAGGAACGCCGACGGACGCUUAGUAUUAACAGUGCCUUCUCUAAUUUACGCCAACGUAUUCCCUUCAUUCCGCUUGAUACCAAGUUGUCCAAAAUUAAAACCUUGCGAUUAGCCACUAGCUAUAUUGCGUAUCUCAUGGAUUUCCUGGAUGCCAAUGAAAACCAAAAAGACAUUCCCGAACGCAGCUUUAAAACGGUGGUUACGAAAACGCUGGAGACUCGGGAAAGAAGAAAGCGAGAGUUGUUGAAGGCUGUCAUCAAUGCCGAACGGAUUUCUAGAUCCGCCUACAAAGAAACACCUAACAUAGUGCGCAAUGUUAACCGAACCGGCUGGCCGCAACAUGUAUGGGCUUCCGAACUUGGACAGAACAUCCCUGCAGCUCGGGAUUCCGGAGAACCGGCUACCUGAUUGACUGGACGAUGAAUAUGUAUAACUCUGUGGGAGCUGGGGAUAGCUAAUUGAUUUAAUUAUUUUUUUAUGCAAACGGGUUAGCUAUGUAAUGACGACAAACAAGCUGUAUAACGAUUAAAAAUAAUUCUCGUAUUAAACUUGCAAACUAUUUGAUACGUGCCACCAGGCUUUAGUGAUUAAAAUUGGAUCCUUGAACCAAGUUAACAGCCCACAAAUUUUUAUAUCGUACGAAUUACAA